AUGGGUGCAGCUCUGGCGUCAUGCGGCCUUCGCCUCGAGCACAGUGCUUCGGCAAUAGGUGUCCUCUUCUCCGGCAUCAGUGACGGUGAUGCAGAGGAGGAGUUGGUUCUGGAAGUGAUGAGCACUGCAGCAGAUGAUUCUAGCGGCGUCAGGCCGAGCGGCUUCAAGGAGUUACAACAGCUGCAGGUGAGCCGGCUCUCAACCGAGCAUGGUCUGGAAGCAUUGAGCUUCAGGUACAGUGAAUCUGUCAGAUCUACCUGGCCAGAUGAUUACCGCUUCCAGGCGUCCAAGAGAUCAUGGAGAGCCUCAAUUGCCUCUGCUCCGGACAAGGCCUAUGUGCUGCAGAUGGCCACACGUGCAGAGGAAAGAGUAGCAGAUGCCGUGAAAUGGGACUUGGAGGAUGCCAAAAGCGCAGGCUCCUACGCCCACCGCUUCAAUCUGUACAGUCGUGAACAGGCUCGAGAAGCUGGUGGCCCCACGGACGAUCAGCCACCGUGCGUUAAGGUGGCUGCCCCAGUUGCGUGCCGAGUGGUCAAAACCAACUUUCCAGCGCUGCUGCCGGUGGGUGCAUACUGCACAUUGUGGCCCUACUCAGAUGCAGAGGUGCGAAAGUUUGUGUUCAACGGUUGCCAAGACUUCGUGGAGCUUGCACAGGCCUUCUUCCAUCACUCAGCUUUCUCCUCCAGUGGAAAGGAACUGGUGUGUGACAUCCAGGGCGCUGAGCAAGAGGAUGGCAGCCUCCUCUUGAUUGAUCCGUGCAUCCUCCGGCCUGGCAAGGUAACGGUCAGUGCGUUGCUGAAAGGCUCUGCGAAGGACGAUCGCGAGCGCGAGGACUUGGCAGCCUGCCUGGGACCUGUUGUCAACGUGGCAGCAGACAAAUUCGACAAGCUCCACCCAAAGUGUACCCAGCUUUGCAAGGCUUUCGAUCCUCAAAGAAGCACCGUGAAGAGGAAGGUCGGCGUGUGCGGUCUCGAUGUCACCUGCGGCUUGGCGAGAGGUUAA